AAUUAUAGUAAUAUUGGAUAUAUAGCGAAGACGGAGCAAAGCGCAAGAAAGUUAGAGAUAAUGAGUGAGAAGGCAAGAGAGGAAAAACACUUUGUGCUGGUGCAUGGUGUUUGCCACGGUGGUUGGACAUGGUACAAGCUUAAGCCACUGUUGGAAUCCGCUGGCCACAAAGUCACAACCCUUGACCUUGCAGCUUCUGGCAUUGACACACACCAAAUUGAACAAGUCCACACUUUUUCUCACUAUUCCAAGCCCUUGUUGGAUUUCUUUGCAUCGCUUGCUCCAAAUGAAAAAGUUGUCCUUGUGGGGCAUAGCUUUGGAGGGAUCACCACAGCCCUUGCUAUGGACAAAUUUCCAGACAAAGUAUCUCUUGGAAUUUUCGUAGCAGCCUUUGCUCCUGAUACCCAGCACAAACCAUCCUAUGUCUUGGAAGAGUACAUUGAGAGAUACCCAAUAACUGGGUGGAUGGACUCUGAGGUUUCCUUCAGUGAAAGCAAAACAACAUUGCUUCUUGGCUUCAAGUUCUUGUCGUCUAAGUUCUAUCAACUCUGCUCCACUGAGGAUCUGGAAUUGAUGAAGAGUUUAGUAAGAAAAGGGUCACUCUUUCCUGAAGAUCUAUCCAAGGCCGAGAAUUUCUCGAAAGAGGGAUAUGGGUCUGUUCCAUGUGCUUAUGUUGUUUUCAAAGAGGACUUGGCAAUUCCAAAGGAGUUUCAGCAAUGGAUGAUCCAAAAUGCUGGGAUUAAUGUGGUGCGUGAGAUCAAAGAUGCAGAUCAUAUGGGUUUACUUAGCAAACCCCAGGAACUGACUUUAUCUCUCCUCGAUAUCUCUCAUAAUUACGCUUAGCAUCACUGUUUUUGUUUGGCGCUACUGGUUGAGAUUUACGUGUGCAACAAUUACAUGAAAGAAGCAUGUUUUUGUGUAGCAGAGGGUCAUGUUCUAUCGCUGCUACAAAAAUGCAUCACUCUGACCACACUGCGAGAGGCGCGUCAACUCCACGCCCUCGUAUUAACCACUGCCACUGCCUUCAACUCCCAAUCUCCGUUUGUUUUCAACAACAUUCUCUCUAUGUAUGCACGCUGUGGUUCACUCAGAGACUCUCAUAUCGUGUUCGACAAAAUGCCUCACAGAACUCUUGUUUCUUACAACGCACUCCUUGCAGCCUAUUCUCGAGCAUCAUCGUACCACGCUAUUUCCGCUCUUGAAUUGUAUACCCAGAUGGAAACUAAGGGUCUUAGACCUUCCAGCAUGACUUUUACUAGCUUGCUGCAAGCAUCUUCCUUGCUUGAACAUUGGUGGUUUGGAUCAUCACUUCACGCCAAGGGCUUCAAGUUGGGUUUGGAUGAUAUUUGUGUCCAAACUUCUUUGCUUAAUAUGUACUCGAAUUGCGGGGAUUUGAGUUCUGCUGAAUUGGUUUUCCGGGAUAUGGUUGAUAGAGAUGUUGUUGCUUGGAAUUCUCUCAUUGUGGGGUAUCUGAAGAACAACAAGAUCAAGGAAGGUGUUUGGCUUUUGAUUAAAAUGAUGAAGGCUGGUUUUACCCCCACCCACUUCACCUAUUGUAUGGUUUUGAAUGCCUGUAGUCAUCUGAAGGAUUAUUGUUCUGGGAGAUUGAUUCAUGCCCAUAUAAUUGUUAGGAAUUUGUUACUCGAUUUACAUUUGCAAAAUGCUCUGCUUGACAUGUACUGCAACGUUGGUAGUACACAAACAGCAUAUAGGAUUUUUAGUAGAAUGGAAAACCCGGAUUUAGUUUCUUGGAAUUCAAUGAUUGCUGGGUAUUCUGAGAAUGAGGAUGGAGAGAAGGCCAUGAAUUUGUUUGUCCAGUUACGGGAAAUGUGUUUUCCUAAACCAGAUGACUAUACUUAUGCUGGCAUUAUAUCUGCAACUGGUGCAUUCCCAUCUUCCAGUUAUGGAAAACCUCUUCAUGCUGAAGUAAUUAAAACUGGAUUUGAGAGAAGUGUGUUUGUAGGAAGCACUCUGGUGUCUAUGUAUUUCAAAAAUCAGGAAAGUGAAGCUGCUCGGGGAGUUUUUUAUUCAAUCUCAGUGAAGGAUGUUGUUCUCUGGACUGAAAUGAUCACUGGUUACUCUAAAAUGACUGAUGGAAUAAGUGCAAUUAGAUGCUUUUUUGAAAUGGUUUGUGAAGCCCAUGAGGUUGAUGACUAUGUUCUCAGUGGAGUUUUGAGUGCAUGUGCUGACCUUGCAAUUUUAAGACAAGGUGAAAUAAUUCAUUGUUAUGCUGUUAAAUUGAGUUAUGAUGUUGAAAUGUCUGUUUCUGGGAGUCUAAUUGAUAUGUAUGCAAAAAAUGGUAGCCUUGAAGCUGCAUAUUUGGUAUUUUCUCAAGUUUCAGACCCAGAUUUGAAGUGUUGGAAUUCGGUGCUUGGAGGAUAUAGUCACCAUGGAAUGGUGGAGGAGGCAUUCAAACUUUUUGAGGAGAUUCUCAAACAUGGUUUGGUUCCAGAUCAAGUGACAUUCUUGUCUCUAUUGUCUGCUUGCAGUCACAGCAGGUUGGUUGAGCAAGGAAAGUUCCUCUGGAAUUAUAUGAACAGCAUUGGCUUGAUUCCUGGGCCUAAGCACUACUCUUGCAUGGUAACUUUGUUGAGUCGGGCAGCAUUACUAGAAGAGGCAGAAGAAAUUAUCAAUAGAUCCCCUUAUAUUGAAGAUAAUCUAGAACUAUGGAGAACUUUGUUAAGUGCCUGUGUUAUAAAUAAAAAUUUUAAAUUGGGAAUUCAUGCAGCAGAGGAAGUUUUGAGAUUGAAUGCAGAAGAUGGUCCAACGCUUGUUUUGCUUUCUAAUCUUUAUGCUGCUGCAAGGAGAUGGGACAAAGUUGCAGAAAUAAGAAAAAAUAUGAGGGGAAUGAUGCUAGAGAAAGAUCCAGGGUUAAGUUGGAUUGAGGCCAAGAAUGACAUUCAUGUGUUCUCUUCUGGAGAUCAAUCACACCCCAAGGCUGACGAGGUGCAAGCUGAACUGCAUAGACUAAAACAAAAUAUGAUUAGAACAAAAAAUGAUGACAGCGGCUCAGCGAGUCACAAUAUGCAUGCUGCAUAAGUUGCAGAGACUAAGCUUAUACUCUAUAGGUGGAAUUUAAUUCAAAUACAAAAGUGAAGUAUGCACAGGAUUAAAUUACUAUCGACAGGAAUAAUAGAUCCAAAAUUUUCCAUCUUUUUGCAUU